AUGAUUCAACAUAGAUGUCGAAAUUGUGGAGCCACUGGGCAUCGUUACUGGGAAUGCCCAGAGCAGCGAAAUCUUACAAGUACUAUCGCAUGUACCAUAUGCGGUGGUAUUGGCCAUGUAGCAACUGAUUGUAAACAAAAAAGUAACGAAGAAGGUGGUAACGAGCCAGUAGAACCUGUUAUCGAUAGAGAAAAAAUGGAUAAUGAGUACCUAUCAUUGAUGGCCGAACUGGGUGAAGGCUCUGCCCCUGAAGAAAUUACUAAGAAACCAGAUACUACUAGUGCAGCGACAUCUACUCCUGCUACUAAUCUUAAUACCGUAAUCACAACUGCUACUAUUGCAACUACUACUUCUACCACAGCAGUUCCUGCACCUCCAGCUCCUGCUCCUGCUCCUGCUCCGACAUCUGUACCCAUUAGUGGUGGUCCUCAUCCAAUGCCUCCAGCUUCAGGGAUGCCUAUGACAAAUAUGCCUAUGGCCCCUGGUCCUCCCGGUUUUGGUGCUUUCCCUCCGUAUGGAUAUCCGAUGAUGCCUCAACCUACGUGGGGUGGUUAUCAACCUUGGGGAUAUCCACCAAUGCAACAACCUUUACCACAUGGUCCAUCAGUACCAAGCGGUAACCCCCCUCCUCCUGGUUUAGCUGCUUCGGACACAAAUCCAUCGGCUGUACCAUCAGCUCCUUGGCAACAAGCCAAUGUUCCUAAUCCAGGUGGUGCGCCUUGGCUUCAACCUGGUGCUGCAGCGCCUGGAUUUGACUCAAAAAAUGUCACUGCUCCUCCACCUCCUGGUACCGCUCCAUGGCAACAGGCACCACCACCACCUCCGCCACCUCCUCCGGAACCUUAG